UCCAAGACCCACGCACGGGCCUCUGUCUGCAGCGGCUGCUCUUCCCUGUUGCAGGACGUCAGGGACCGCCCACCGGUGCUGCCAAGAUGCUCCGAGGCUCCCGCUCCAUCCUCCUGCUCUGGGGCCUCCUGGGGACCCUGCACGCCCAGCAGCAGGAGGUCAUCGCACCCGACACAUCGGAGAGAGGCAGCAACUGCCCAGAGAAAGCCGACUGCCCGGUCAACGUGUACUUUGUGCUGGACACCUCGGAGAGCGUCACCAUGCAGUCCCCCACCGACAGCCUGCUCUACCACAUGCAGCAGUUCGUGCCGCAGUUCAUCAGCCAACUGCAGGACGAGCUGUACCUGGACCAGGUGGCCCUGAGCUGGCGCUAUGGCGGCCUGCACUUCUCCGACCAGGUGGAGGUGUUCAGCCCGCCGGGCAGCGACAGGGCCUCCUUCACCAAGGGCCUGCAGAGUAUCCGCUCCUUCCGCCGUGGCACGUUCACCGACUGCGCGCUGGCUAACAUGACCCGGGAGAUCCGGCAGCACAGGAGCAACGGCGCGGUCAACUUCGCGGUGGUCAUCACCGACGGCCACGUCACUGGCAGCCCGUGCGGUGGCAUCAAGAUGCAGGCUGAGCGGGCCCGUGAGGAGGGCAUCCGGCUCUUUGCCGUGGCCCCCAACAGGAACCUGAACGAGCAGGGCCUGCGGGAAAUCGCCAGCACGCCCCAGGAGCUCUAUCGCAGCAACUACGCCACCAUGCUGCCCGACUCCACCGAGAUCGACCAGGACACCAUCAACCGCAUCAUCAAGGUCAUGAAACAUGAGGCCUAUGGAGAGUGCUACAAGGUGAGCUGUCUGGAGAUCCCCGGGCCCCCUGGCCCCAAGGGCUACCGCGGACAAAAGGGCGCCAAGGGCAACAUGGGGGAGCCUGGAGAGCCUGGACAGAAGGGCCGGCAGGGGGAUCCAGGCAUUGAAGGACCCAUCGGAUUCCCAGGACCCAAGGGUGUUCCUGGUUUCAAAGGAGAGAAGGGAGAAUUUGGAGCCGAUGGGCGGAAGGGCGCCCCCGGCCUGGCCGGCAAGAACGGGACCGAUGGACAGAAGGGCAAGCUGGGGCGCAUUGGACCCCCUGGCUGCAAGGGAGACCCCGGGAGUCGGGGCCUCGACGGCUACCCAGGGGACGCAGGCAGUCCUGGGGAACCCGGAGACCAAGGUGCCAAGGGGGACGCUGGCCGCCCAGGACGCAGAGGGCCCCCAGGAGAGGACGGGGCCAAGGGAAGCAAGGGCUAUCAAGGCAACAACGGAGCCCCAGGAAGUUCUGGCGUGAAAGGAGCCAAAGGCGGGCCCGGGCCCCGGGGACCCAAAGGCGAGGCUGGGCGCAGGGGAGACCCUGGCACCAAGGGCAGCCCAGGCGGCGAGGGCCCCAAAGGCGAAAAGGGCGAUCCUGGCCCCGAGGGACCCCGGGGCCUGGCUGGGGAGGUUGGCGGCAAAGGAGCCAAGGGAGACCGCGGCCUGCCUGGACCCAGAGGCCCCCCUGGGGCUCUGGGGGAGCCUGGGAAGCAGGGAUCUCGGGGAGACCCCGGUGAUGCUGGUCCCCGCGGAGACUCCGGACAGCCUGGUCCAAAGGGAGACCCUGGCAGACCUGGAUUCAGCUACCCAGGACCCCGAGGAGCGCCUGGAGAAAGAGGCGAGCCAGGCCCACCUGGCCCCGAGGGGGGCAGAGGUGACUUCGGAGUGAAAGGAGCACCUGGGCGGAAAGGAGAAAAGGGCGAGCCUGCAGAUCCUGGUCCCCCUGGUGAGCCAGGCCCUCGGGGGCCAAGAGGAUCCCCAGGACCCGAGGGAGAGCCUGGACCCCCCGGAGACCCCGGCCUCACGGAGUGCGACGUCAUGACCUACGUGCGGGAGACGUGCGGGUGCUGUGACUGUGAGAAGCGGUGUGGCGCCCUGGACGUGGUGUUCGUCAUCGACAGCUCUGAGAGCAUCGGCUACACCAACUUCACACUGGAGAAGAACUUCGUCAUCAACGUGGUCAACAGGCUGGGGGCCAUCGCCAAGGACCCCAAGUCCGAGACAGGGACCAGAGUGGGCGUCGUGCAGUACAGCCACGAGGGCACCUUCGAGGCCAUCCAGCUGGACGACGAGCGCAUCAACUCGCUGUCCAGCUUCAAGGAGGCCGUCAAGAACCUCGAGUGGAUCGCGGGCGGCACCUGGACGCCCUCCGCCCUCAAGUUCGCCUACAACAAGCUGAUUAAGGAAAGCCGGCGCAAGAAGACCCGCGUGUUCGCAGUGGUCAUCACGGAUGGCCGACACGACCCCCGGGACGACGACCUCAACCUGCGGGCGCUGUGCAACCACGAUGUCACAGUGACGGCCAUCGGCAUCGGGGACAUGUUCCAUGAGAAACACGAGAGCGAGAACCUCAACUCCAUCGCGUGCGACAAGCCCCAGCAGGUGCGCAACAUGACGCUGUUCUCCGACCUGGUGGCCGAGAAGUUCAUCGACGACAUGGAGGACGUCCUGUGCCCGGACCCCCAGAUCGUGUGCCCGGACCUUCCCUGCCAAACAGAUGGACCGCGGCCUGGCGAUGCGCCCCCGGUCACCUUCCUCCGCACGGAAGAGGGCCCGGACGCCUCCUUCCCCACGACCAUCCCCCAGAUCCAACAGUUGCUAAACGCCACGGAGCUCACGCAGGACCCGGCCGCCUACUCCAGGCUGGUGGCCGUGCUGGUCUACACCGCUGAGCGGGCCAAGUUCGCCACAGGAGGCGAGCGGCAGGACUGGAUGGAGCUGUUCAUUGACACCUUUAAGCUGGUGCACAGGGACAUUGUGGGCGACCCCGAGACCGUGCUAGCGCUCUGCUGAAGCCGCGGGGCUGCCGGUGCUCCAGAGGCCGGGGCUGCCCCAGCUGGGCCGCAUUCGCUCCCCGGGCUGCCCGGACCGCCCGCAGUGCUGGGGCUGUGACAAUAGGAACGUCUCAGGCUGGAGGUCUGGCACCAAAAUCAAGGUGUCAGCAGGGCCUCGCUCCCCCCAGGGGCUCCAGGGAGGGCCCUCCCUGCUUCCAGCUCCCAGCUCCCAGCUGCCUGCAUGGUCACAUGGCCUCGCUCUGUAGCCUAACCUCCCUCUGCUCCCUAAAGGACACAGGUGGCAUUUAGGGCCAACCAGAGAGCCCUGGACAGUCUCUCAUCUCAAGGUCUGUACGUUAGGCCCAUCUGCAAAGCCCCGUUUUGCCACAUAAGGUCACAUUCGCAGGCUUUGAGACUAGGAUGUAGGCAUCUUUGGGGGACAGUAUUCAGCUGAUGACCCCCAUCUAGCUGGGCUCCUCACACAUUUAGGGGACGUAAGAAUCACCCAUUAGGGCAAACCUGCCAGAGCAGCUGGCCAACAGUUAGGGGAGGACCACAGACACCACCUCCUCGUCCUCCUCCUGCCCAGGCCCUCGGGGAGGUCAGGGGCGCCCUCUAAGGACUGCUGAAGCAUGUUCAGGCUCCCUGCCAUGGGUGGGGGGUCAGCAGAGGGAAAGAAGGGGAACAGCAGAGCUCUCCUAAACACCCCAACACUCCUGGUUCAGCUUCCGGCCUCUGUGUCCAGGCACCCCUUGUUGAGGAAAACUUCCCGAAAACCAGAGCGCUCCCCACAUCUGCCUGCUUGUAGGACUUGAAGUCAGGGCACCCGGAGAACUGGGUGUGUUUAGAGAAGAAGCUGCUAUUCGUUUGCACUGCCACCAACAUAAGCUACGUCAUUAAUAAGCUCCUUAAAAAAGCGUCCUGUCCGCUGGCGCCUGGCACCUCGUAGUGGCACACCCCGGGGAGGGGGCGUCCCUCAGAUGCUGUGAGCACACCUUCAACAUUCUAUAAAAGCUGAAAAACAAA